CAAAGUCAAUGUCACGUUCAAAGUCUGGCAUCCCACCAUGCCGCUGUCGGAAGACAGGGAGAUCUGAAACCUCUCUUACAGGUUUAGAUUUGGAUGGAAUGUAGCCUGGAAGAGAGCUCCGCGCAGUGGACAGUCAAUUGUAAUGCAAAAGAAAAAAAAAAUGAAAAUACAGUACAGUAAUCGCAGCAACUCUUAGCACGGUUCUCCGGCAAGAGCUUGUUGCCCGGAGUACUCGCGUUGUGCGGUGAGAGUACUUCGGGAGGGAAAGCGGGAAAAAGGAGAAAUAAAAUGCCUUUCUGCAAGAGGACUAUAGCCCCUAAAGAUGUCUGCAAAGGUGACACGAAGAGGCAGGGAGCAAUUUUCGGCGACUUGGUGGAUGUAUGCGGCUUCACCCUGUGUUCCGUACUUCGGCAGCUUUCGGAUUUAUCCAGGCAGUCGGUUAGCAUCUUGGAAGAGCUGGAAGGGGAGCUUGUGUCCAUUUGUCACCGGUCCGGAACGCUGGAGAAUAAAGUCAUCAGUCUGCAGAAACACCUCUCUGCGCUGGCCACCAAGCCACCUCCGAAAACCACCACCAACUUGGACUCGGAGAACAAGCGAACGGCCCACUUCCGAUCGUCAUGGCAACAGCAUGUGAAUGUGUUCGGCUCGUGGAGUAGGCCGGAGUGCGUGCAGGAGCUGCAUCAGGAGGCGCAGCUCAAUCUCCAGAGCCUGCUGCAAGACUUUGAGGAGCAGCUCUACGACCACAAAGUCACAGGGCAAACUUUCCGACAACCAUCUUCCCAGAGCUCGGAGGACACCUCACAGAGCAGGUCUCCUGUCACUGCCAACAACAAGAGGCCAGAGUUUGUCUUCCUGCCGGCCUCCAAGCAGGUGUGUGAGGAUGAGACCACGUCAGUAGGGAUCCGGGCUCAGGAUCCGACGGGCUGUGGGUCAGGGCGCCCCCUGCUGGGCUGGAGCUCCUCGGUCGGGCCACCUGUCGCUGAGAAACCCCGCUGGUACCUGGGUCGCCACACCCCGGCGCACCUUAUCCCCAUUGAUGUAACAGUCUGCUUGUGUCCCUCAGGUGAUGGAAAGAUUCAGGGUGUUGACCUGAUUGAAGGUGCAUGUUCUCCCGAAGCCUCACACUCCCAGCUCGUAACACCAUCCUCUGACACUCCAAGUCACCAUUUACCGCUGAGGAAGGCCUACAGUAAUUUGGACCAAAGUCUGCCCCAGUCUCCAGAGAGUCCCUCUGGAAUGAUGGAACACGCCACGCUCAUGUGCGCCAGUCCGUCCUGGAACGGGCCCAAGGGCUCCACCUUCUCCCCGUCCUGGAACAACUCCUACGCCAACUACGUGCUGGCACCCAGCCCCGUGGCCAAGGCUCCCGCGUCGCAGCACGAGGCCGCCGGUGCGGCGUGCCCCUCCUCAGGCCUCUCCAUGAGCUCAGGGUCGCACUCCAACUCGCUCACCUCCAUAUCCAUGGAGCCGUUGGCCCGGGCACACGGCGCCACCCCCGCAGGCAGGAGGAGCGAGACGGAAGGGGCGGCGAGCCCCGGCGAGCGGGAGAAGAGGUCCACCCGCGCCGGCGUCUUCAAGUUCCGCGAGCGCUCCCUGUCCACGCCCACCGACUCGGGCUCCUUCUGCUCAGCUGACAACGUCUGCUGCGCCGAGCCGCCCCGCGAGGGGGGCGAGAGCUACGCCCUGCUGUACCCCAGCGGCAGCUCCGAGGGCAGCGCCAGCACCGACAACGUCUCGGUGACGGCGGGCGACUUCCUGCCUGAUGGCCGGCCGCGCACCAGGUCCCGCAGCAUCUCCCUGAAGAAGCCGAAGAAGAAGCCGCCCCCUCCGGUGCGCAGUGUGUCCCUCAUGAAGAACCUGGGCGGCAGCAGCCCCCAGGCCGAGGGCCACUUCCGGGACGGCCGGCCCAAGAGCCUCUUCCUCCCCGGGGACCACCUGGAGGACUCCUUCCAGCCCGACUUCCUCGUGGCCUCCAAGCCGCUGCAGGAGGAGCAGGACCUGGCCCUCCCUGGCGAACCAACCGCAGAGGACACUCAGGCACCUGACAGAGAGUCAGAGCUGUCCUUCCCUGGCCACUGGCAGCUGAAUGAGUGGAAGACCAGCGACCCCUACAGGUCGCUGUCCAGCUCCAGCACAGCCACGGGCACCACAGUGAUCGAGUGCAUGAAAGUACGCGGCAGCACCGAGUCCCUCAACUCCCCUUCCACCUCCCGCGCUACCUCGCCCUCCCAGCUCUCCGUGGAAGCGGAGUCCAAAAUCUCUCCCUUCAAACCUCUGGGCCUCAUGUCUCCGUCCAGUGGCUACUCCAGCCAGUCCGAGACCCCCACGCCGACCCUGCCCACCUCCCUCAUCACGGGACCCUCAUCUCUGGGCUGCAGGAUGCGCCCCAAGAUCCCGGAGAGGAAGUCCUCCCUUCCCGCCACUUCCCCCGGGGAGAAGGCCGCCAGGUCGCGCCUGUCGUUCGAGCUGCCUGUGACCUCACACCUGGACCUGUCCGCCAUCAAGCCGAAACCCAAGGCAAGCAGGCGACACUCUGACUCGUCCACCUCUGGCAAGCAGGGCCAGAAGCUGAGCCCCAGCCAGUCGGUCAUGCCCAUGGUGACUCAGACCGACCUUCGGAACAUCCGCCUGCGCUCCGUCAGCCGCUCGGAGGCCGACGACAGCCCUGACGGCUCCUCCGACAUCAUCGAGGAGGAGCAGGGAAGGGACCUCAGCCCGCCAGUGAGCCCCGACCCCAAGCCCAAGCCUCCCGUGGCCAUGAAGCCUCCUCUACCCAAACGGCCCCUCAACCUCAUGCUCAAGUGCCCCUCCUCGUACAACUCCUCCUCCCCACUGGCUCCAGAGUCCCCGCCUCCCUCUCCCGUGGACCGCCCCAUGCCAGUUGGGAACAUCUACAAGGUGAUGCGGAAGCCCAAACCCAAGAAGCUGCCCCAGUCCCCAGUCAGCCCUGGGGUGGCUCAGGAGGUCCUGAAGCAGCCCCUGCAACAGCAGCCGGUUCCAGAAGAGCAGCCACUAACCGACCAUGCGGAGCUGCCCACCCCCAGCAGCCCUGAGAUGCAGGACAAAAGCAAGACCCUGCCCAGCAGAAUCACAAUCUCCUGUUUGGCUGAGCUGGACAAGAAGCGCCCCAAGGUGCCCCCGCCGGUCCCGAAGAAGCCCAGCGUCCUGCUGCUGCCCACCAACACGGUUCACGCCAAUGGGACAGUGGAUAGGCAGGUCAUUCAAUUCGACAGUGGCUCGCAGUCUCCCUGCGGGGCUCCCUCUUCUGAGGAGCUUCCAGCCAAUGAGGAGGUCCACAAUGAGGAAGCCCACAAUGAGCUCCACAGUGUCACCACUGAUGAAGUGGGUCCAAAGGACUCUGAACAGGAGCUGGAUGUCAAGCUGGACGUCAAGUUUCCCACUGCCGAGGCUUUGACAGAAAACUCGCUUGAAAUCAUUGAGGAGAGUAGCUCAGUGAGUGAGAAAAACGCUUUGCACAUCACAGAGGAGGCGGAGGAUGAUGUGAUCGCUCCCACUUCUACACCUCACACCACCGAGGACCUGUUCACCAUCAUUCACAGGUCAAAGCGGAAGGUCCUGGGCCGCAAGGAGCCGGUGGACUCGUUCGGCAGCCGGCAGAGCCUGGUGUCGCCGGUGAAGAGCAGCGGGGAUGUAAGGGCCCUGACCCUCGGCAGCUCGCACCGCUCCAGCUCCCGCAACGAGAACUUCAUGGCCCUGCUGCAGAAGAAGGGCGGCAAGGCCAGCACAGGCACGCGCGUCUCCGCCAUGGAGCUGCUGCGGAGCACCAACCCGCUGGCCCGCCGCGUCACCGAGUUCUCCCAGCCGGACCCCGACACAGCCGGUGGCCCCAAACCGCCCCAGGACCACUGACUGACCCAGCUGCAUGCUGGGAAUUUUUUUGGUAUUGUGGUGAGGCUUUCAUUUACAGAGAUCUUCCCUUCGCCUGGCCGUUUGGAGGGGGUGCUUUUUCUGUUCACGUUCUCGGGAGAGUUUUCGUUUUUUAAUUUGCCGUUUGGCCCGCAGUGGACGUCGGGCGAAACGGGGAAAGGGGUGCAGUCCAGGGCCUGGUUUCUGCUGAGGGGGUGCCACAUGAAAGGCCUCCUGUUUUCAGGAAAUCAGAACACAGAACUCCCCAAGCCCCACAUGGAAGUCGGCAAUCCUGAAGCAACGACAUUGGUACGCGACAGGACUGCCCGGCCGUAAGCCUGCAACAAGAACUACGAUCUACAUGCCCAGAUUCCAUGGAGGUACCUGUGUAUAUUUCCGAUAGAGCUGGAUGGAGUACAGUGAAGUGAGGCGCUGACAGCUUCACUUAAAACAUCAGAGUAAACACAAACAAAACACAACGUCAAGGUGUGUUUGAAUCAUCCUUUGAAGACACAACGUGAAGCUCAUCUGAAGGUCUCCGCAAAAAAAAAGACAAAAAAAAAACAAAAAAAAA